GAUGAAGUCCAAAAGACUAAAGAUAUGUUGAAUAAUGUGGCUUUAGAUGAAGCCAGUUUGGAAGCCAAGAUUGAAAAACGGAAAUCGGAACUGGAAAGAAGCCAGAAGAGGCUCCAGACUCUACAAAGUGUGCGUCCUGCUUUUAUGGAUGAGUAUGAGAAAAUUGAGGAGCAACUGCAGAAACAGUACAGUAGUUACCUAGAAAAAUUCCGUAAUCUGACCUACCUGGAGCAGCUCCUGGAUGACCAUCGACGGACAGAGCAAGAGAUGUUUGAGGAAGCAGCAAACAUGCUCCGUCUUAUGCAGAACAGGCUGAAGGAAGAGGAACAGCUCCUGCUUAAGGGUGCAUCUAAUGGCGAUUCCGACGUAGAGAUUCGAGAGGAUGAAGGAUCUGACAGUGAAACGCAAGACAGGCAGACCAGAAAACAGCAGACCUCCACAGGAACACUGCUGCAAGGAAGAGCUGGCGUACGGAUCGUGGGAACAAUGCAAGGUGGAGACACAGAGGAAGAUGGGAGAUCUGCCCCAGGCACACCCAAGAUCAUCACCAAGGCACAGGAGGACUCGGGGGAUAGCGAGAUUGACCUGGAUGAAGAUGAGGAUGAUAUGGAAGACAACAGCGUAGAAAUCUCUCCAAGAAAAUUUGUUCUCCGAGCAAGGAAGCCAGAGCCACUGGAGGAAAGUGAUAAUGACUUCUGA